AUGGAGAGAGGACGAGGUGGGAACAGAGGGAGGGGUAGAGACGGAGCGGGUGGCAGUGGAAGAGGAGGAGGGAGGGUUAGAGAUGGAGCGGGUGGCGGUGGAAGAGGAGGAGGGAGAGGGAGAGGAAGAGAGGGUUAUGGUCCUGGUGCUGGCGGUGGUGGUGGUCGCCAUCAUCAUCAACCGCAGCAGUGGAUAUCGAAGGAAGAUGGUUCCGGUGAGGGGUGGAGCAACAGUGGUAGGGGUGGUGGUGUUGGUGGUAGUGAUGGUUACGGUAGGGGCGGAGGAGCGACGAGGGGUGGGCGUGGUGGUGAUGGUGGUCGUGGAGCGGGGAGGAGUGAUACCAGUCGGCGUACGUGGGUGGAAUCUGCUCCACCGGUUCAGCGUCCGGUGGAAUCUGCUCCACCAGUUCAGCGUUCGUGGGUGGAAUCUGCUCAACAAGUUCAGUGUCAGCCUCAGAUAUCUCGGCCUGAAGAAUCUUCAGAUAGAAAACUCCCAAUAAAACGACCGGAUAAUGGUGGCGUAGUUGCUAUUCGAACUGCUAAGCUUCGCGUCAAUCAUUUUCUUGUCAUAUUUAGUCCAGAGACUGUGAUAAUGCAUUAUGAUGUUGAUGUCAAACCUAAGGUGCCUUUCAAGGAAGGUCGGCCUAUGGCAAUAUCAAAAUCUACUUUGUCUUUGAUCUGGAACAAAUUAUCUUCUGAUGAUCCUUUAGGAUUUCCCUUGUCAACGACUGCAUAUGAUGGUGAGAAGAACAUUUUUAGUGCAAAAUUAUUGCCCACUGGAAGUUUUCAUGUGGAAGUCUCGGAUGGAGAAGACAUGAAGGGCCGGUCAUAUAUAGUUACUAUCAAGCAUGUGAAUGAGCUCAAGCUUUGCAAGUUGAAGGAUUAUUUAAGCGGGCAUCUCAUGUCAAUCCCGCGUGAUAUAUUACAAGGAAUGGAUCUUGUAAUGAAGGAAAAUCCAGGAAAACACAUGACCUCUGUUGGUCGGAGUUUUUUCCCGAGAGAACCUAGGGAAGGAGAUGAUCUUGGAAGGGGCAUUACAGCAUCUAGAGGGUUUCAACCUAGAUUAAAGGCCACGUCUCAGGGUCUAGCCAUGUGCUUGGACUAUUCAAUUUUGGCAUUUUGGAAGCGAAUGCCAGUUAUUGAUUUCCUCGGGCAGCAUAUUAACGAGUUUGACAUAAAAAAUUUCCAAAGGUUUAGGAGAGAAGUAAAUGAUGUGCUGAGGGGGUUGAAAGUCACCGUGACUCAUCGAAAAAGUAAACAAAAGUAUACCAUUGGAGGGCUAACCGAGGAGAAUACUAGACGAAUAUCAUUCAUUGCAGAAGACCUAGAGGGCAGGAAUCCACCAAGGCAGCUUGGAAUAGUUGACUACUUUAGAGAGAAAUAUGACAAGGAUAUUAUGUAUAAGGGUAUUCCUUGCUUGGAUUUGGGAAAAGGAAACAAGAAAAACUAUGUACCUAUGGAGUUUUGCAACUUAGCUGAGGGGCAAAGAUAUCCAAAGGAGUAUUUGGAUAAAAAUGUAGCCAAGAUGUUGAAGAAACUGUCACUUGUACGACCAGAGGUCAGGGAGAGUGAGAUAUGCAGAAUUGUACGUUCAGAAGAUGGUCCUUGUGGUGGAGACAUAGCUCACAAUUUUGGAAUUGAAGUAAACCCAAACAUGACAAUAGUUCCCGGACGCCGUAUUGACCCACCUGAGUUGAAGUUAGUUGCUCCAAAUGGCAGAAUGAUGAAGGUAAAAGUUGAUGAAGAGAAAUGCCAAUGGAAUCUUGUUGGCAAAUCGGUGGUGGAAGGUAAAAUAAUUGACCGGUGGUGUGUUAUUGACUUCAGCUCCUCUGAUAAAUACAACUGCUUGGAUCCUAAUCAUUUCAUUCCAAAGCUUAUUAAUAAGUGCAACAAUUUGGGGAUCCGCAUGGAUGAGCCUCUCAUAUAUAAGCGUGCAACAAUGCGUAUGUUAUCAAAGGUUGACAAUCUUCGUCAACUACUUGAAAGUGUCAAUGAAGAAGCUUAUAAGAUCAGUGGUGGUGGUCAUUUACAAUUUGUUCUUUGUGUGAUGUCCAAGAAGGAUCCUGGUUAUAAAUCUCUCAAGUGGAUCUCUGAGACCCAACUUGGUAUGAUGACACAGUGUUGUCUAACCACUUGUGCGAACUUAUCAAAGGUAGCCACUCGUGCCAACCUAUCAAAGGAAGACCAGUUUCUUGCAAAUCUUGCUAUCAAGAUAAAUGCUAAGCUUGGAGGCAGUAAUGUAGAGCUAAAUGAUCCGCUCCCCCACUUUGGAGGCAAAGACCAUGUUAUGUUCUUUGGAGCUGAUGUCAAUCAUCCGGGUGCUUGGAAUACCACAAGUCCAUCGAUAGCAGCUGUUGUUGCAACUAUGAACUGGCCUGCUGCAAACCGCUAUGCAGCACGGGUCUGUGCGCAAGACCAUCGGACAGAGAAGAUUCUAAACUUUGGUGAUAUGUGUUUGGAGCUUGUUCAAGCUUAUGCUGGGUUAAAUCAUGUCAGGCCGAACAAGAUUGUGGUAUUUCGUGACGGAGUUAGUGACAGCCAAUUUGAUAUGGCUCUUAAUGAGGAGUUGUUAGAUUUGAAGAUGGCAUUUCAAACUAUCAAAUACUAUCCAACCAUCACACUUAUAGUAGCCCAAAAGCGACACCAAACUCGUUUCUUUCCUGAUAGCACAAGUGAUGGGUGUUCUACUGGCAAUGUGUUUCCAGGUACAGUUGUUGAUAAAAUAAUUGUUCACCCAUUCGAGUUUGACUUCUAUCUUUGUAGUCACUAUGGAAGCCUUGGAACAAGCAAGCUUACACACUAUCAUGUCCUGUGGGAUGAACAUGGGUUUAGUUCCGACCUAUUGCAAAAGCUUAUAUAUGACUUGUGUUUCACCUUUGCUCGGUGCACUAAACCUGUAUCGUUGGUCCCGCCCGUGUACUAUGCCGACCUUGUUGCUUAUAGAGGGCGACUCUACUAUGAGGCAAUGGUGGAGGAGGGGCAAUCUCCAGCUUCAAUAGCACCCUCUUCCUCAUCAUCAGCAUCAGCAUCAUCAUCUCUUUUGUCAAUGGCGUCAUUUGAGAACUUCUUCAAGUUGCACACUGACUUGGAAAAUGAAAUGUUCUUUGUUUAAAAGGCUGUAUCACACAGUCUUGUGUUAUGGCUACCUUUUGUUUGACAAUGCUCGACCUCCUUUCCUAUGUGAAUUAGUGAAGGAGUUUGUGCGUGAAUCUAAUGGGUUACAAGUCUCAAUGUGUUGUCUUGUCCUUUUAGGGUUUGUGUGGACAAUGUGAUUUAUAUUUGAGUCUGCUGUGAUUUGGUUUAUGUAGAGGAAUGUUAUGCUUUUGUUUGAGUCAGACAAGGAUAGAAUCUGUGUGAAUUUUAUUUUUAAGAUUUCUUUUGUUUUUGGAGUUGGUCUUGGUGUUUCUACCUAUCUGCUUCUUUUCUCCAUAAUCAAUGUGAUAUGUGGAAGGCC